UAGUCGCAAAGGGGCGGGGAGGUGUUCUAAUAGGCCGGGUGUUGUAAGAGCUGCCGAGCCGAUGGCGGGACUGGUGAAGGACAAGGAGGCAUUUCAGAGACUCAGCUUCCUCUACCAGGCUGCCCACUGCGUCCUAGCCCACAACCCUGAGAAUCAGGCGCUGGCGAGGUUUUAUUGCCACACGGAGAAAACUAUCGGGAAGCGGCUUGUCCUGCGACAAGACCCCUCGGUGAAGAGGACCCUCUGUCGCGGCUGCUCCUCCCUUCUCAUCCCGGGUCUGACUUGCACCCAGCGGCAGAGGCGUCGCCAGGGUCAGCGCUGGACAGUACAGACUUGUCUAAUAUGCCGUCGAAGCCGCAGAUUUCUCAAUGAUCCCAAACACCAGCUCUGGGUUGACCGGCCUGAGGCCCAGCUGGGGAACCAGACGGAACCCAAAUUUGAAUAGGUCUGCUGCACACUCAAGUCAUCCAAAUCUCAGUCCAGAUAUUGGGGAAGAGAUUGCACCAUCUGGCACUCAGAAUGCAAUGACUGGGAGGCUAUUUUAUGCAAACGUCUAGGAAACCUGAGCCAUUAUUCAGAGAAAAAGGAUUCAUUAAAAUAUUGAAAUAAAAUUUUGUCUUGCCCCUUUUUA